UUCAGGCAGCAGCCCCUCCAUUCUUGCCCUAGUCUCCAGUUCUCCAGUGUUCACAGGUCAGCUUGCCAACAGCCACUGCUCAUGAUGGAGGCCAUCAAGAAAAAGAUGCAGAUGCUGAAGCUGGACAAGGAGAAUGCUCUGGACCGGGCGGAACAAGCCGAAGCUGAGCAGAAGCAGGCGGAAGAACGAAGUAAACAGCUGGAAGAUGAGCUGGCCGCCAUGCAGAAGAAGCUGAAAGGGACGGAGGAUGAGCUUGACAAGUAUUCUGAAGCUCUGAAGGACGCCCAGGAGAAGCUGGAGCUGGCCGAGAAGAAGGCUGCUGAUGCUGAGGCUGAAGUGGCCUCCUUGAACCGUAGGAUCCAGCUGGUUGAAGAGGAGCUGGACCGCGCCCAGGAGCGCCUGGCCACUGCCCUGCAAAAGCUGGAGGAAGCGGAGAAAGCUGCUGAUGAGAGCGAGAGAGGUAUGAAGGUUAUUGAGAACCGAGCCUUAAAAGAUGAAGAAAAGAUGGAACUCCAGGAAAUCCAACUCAAAGAGGCCAAGCACAUUGCAGAAGAGGCAGAUCGGAAGUAUGAAGAGGUGGCACGGAAGUUGGUGAUUAUUGAGGGGGACUUGGAACGCACAGAGGAACGAGCUGAGCUGGCAGAGUCCCGUUGCCGGGAGAUGGAUGAGCAGAUCAGACUGAUGGACCAGAACCUGAAGUGUCUGAGUGCUGCUGAAGAAAAGUACUCUCAAAAGGAGGACAAAUACGAGGAAGAGAUAAAGAUUCUCACGGAUAAACUCAAGGAGGCAGAGACCCGUGCGGAGUUUGCUGAGAGAUCAGUAGCCAAGCUGGAGAAGACAAUUGAUGAUUUGGAAGAUGAGCUCUAUGCCCAGAAACUGAAGUACAAGGCCAUUAGCGAGGAGCUGGACCACGCCCUCAAUGACAUGACCUCUAUAUAACUGUCACCGUUUCUGCUCUGUUCUGGAUCUGCCCCCUUUCCUCGGGGAAGCCAACGCCCCACUCUCGCUCUGGAUUCCAUUUGGGUCGGCCUGGCUGGUCCCCAAGGCAUUAGAAUGUAGUGGGGGCCACAAAGCAACUUAUGUAUUCUUCCGCUCAUCCCUGCCCCCCCCCAAAUUAAAAUGUUAAGCUGCUGGAAGCCUCAUGCCCCCCUGCAUUUGUGUCAUUGACAAAGCUGCGGUUGUCCCUAAGAAGGAGCCUUGGGGGUGUGAUGCGGAGAACAGCUAUUGUAGGCCCUCCCUUCCCUAACUUAUAUAAUCAAAGCCACUUUUGUGUGUGUCUAUUUUUUCUUGACAUUUAAGCUCAACUGGUCUGAGUCUGUCAGAGUGGUGGGGUUAGCAGAGGUUCCCUAGGGUAGGAGUCUUACCCGCAGGCCUCAGGAGUCUGUCUGAGUUCUUACUUUUAGGCUUCUGAGUCUGCCCGCCUGGAAGGCUCUGCUUCUCAGUCUCUCUUCUGAGAGCGUCCAAGUGCCUCCCAAUGCAUAUUCUCUGCCCUUUUCCCAGUGGUUCAAAUGGCGCAUCUUCAGAGCACCUGAUGGACUCAAAUGUAUUACCGCCAACCUUAACCAAUUAGAUCGUCCCAGGUCACAGAAAAACAGAAUUUGCAACAGAUUUUUUUUUCUUGUCCAAACCCUUCUCACAUAUUUGAGGCUCACUGCCAUUUGCCUGUUGGUGUGUGCUAGUGGAAUAUAAGACAGGUGAUAAACGAUUAUUACUGGAAAAGCUACAACAACCAAUCAUGCAUGUUUCAGAUAACAUGCACAAGGUGGUAAUAGUUCAUUACAUACAUAAAAGUGGUAAAUCGCUGCUAGUAACAUUGUUCCCGGUUUAUAUUGUGGGAUUACAUGGCGACAUUUGACAGAGUCCUGUCCGGUUUCCACAGCUGGGAUGGCUCCAGUGUGAACAGUGCAGCUGCAGUCAUACUUAGCUAAGCACCUAAGUGCUGUUGGACACACUUAGACUUUAGUUUCUCAGCAGACUAUAUAUUUCAAACUUGCUCUUUCAAACAGAGCCAGGUAGAAAGGUUUUCCCUAAUCUGAAACUUGAGGUCUCGUUGAAUUCAGGUUUCUUUUUGUUUACACCAUUUCCUCCUGCUACACAGUGUUUGAGAUGAAGGUACAGAUUGAUUUAUUGAGCGGACACUUGACUGUUAUCUUUAGAAGGCACAAAGUGACUAAGGUGGGCACAGAAAUAAUCAAAGUGGAGGCGCCAUCCCUAUUUUUAGGUUACACAGAAUCUAGUAGGAGAGCAUGUAUAUAAAGCUGAUGGUGAUCUGUGAUCAGUGCCACAAAUAAUAAAUAAACUUGUGGAAAUUCAGAAGGGGAAAGAGGUUGAUUCCAGUGGGGAUGGUUAGGAAAGACUCACAGAAGGAGACACAUAAUAGGUACUUAAUAAACAUUUAAAACUUGCCUCUUCAUUUUUAUUGGGUUCUAAAAGAUUGGUUUUCUGACAAACAGAUUUUGGUUGAAGGAUAAUGGAUAUUGAGGAUUUUGGUUAAAGAGAAGCAAACGAGUAGAAGCACAGAGAUGGGACGGAUAGAAUAGCCAUGAAGGUAGAUUUAGACAGAGUAGGGGCAGCUGUGUGCUGAAAUCAGGUGUGGAGUUUUGUUUUGUAGGGAAUGGGGAUGCCACUGGAGAUGGUGAACAAGGAUGUGUUCUGGUAUGAGUAGCAAAAAAGAAGAGUUGAUUUGGUGGCUAAGUUAAUAUAUUACAAGGGGAGCAGAUUAUCGAAGUGAUCCAUUUGGAUGACAAUUCCCAAAUUUCAGUCAUUUGUAUACUACUUGGUGGCUUUUGCCAUAUUCACAAAUUCCCUACAUUACCGUUUUCUUCACAUUUACUCUUGUUUUCAAAUUUGUCUUAGUAUACAUAAUUCUAAUUUGAAGUAAAAGGUUUGAUGCAUCCUAGUGAUUUUUCCCAAUGCACAUUAAAACAGUAUAGCAAGUAAGUUUUUUAAAGUUCACAAGCAUAUAUUGUCAGAAAUCUCCUUAUGCAGCACUAGCAGCGAAUAUGCUACACUUUGAGAAAAACUGGGUUAGGUUAUUGCAGUUUUCCUAGAGAUCGCCAUCUGUAGAGAGAUGGCACUGAACGUGCACACUGUGGAGGGCGCUCAGUAUGAGGAGGAAAGUCAGGAGUGACUGUUGUGGAGCCUGGGAAGAUGGUAGCGUUAAAAGUGUAGGGAGGUCGUGUAGUCCUGGUGUAAAGAGGCAGGAGAGGGUAGAAGAGAAGAUGAGUCAAAUAACUGGCAGGUAUCCGGGUGAAAACAAAAUUCUGGGGAUUGAGGGGAUGGGCUGAUUGAUGGGAGAGAGAUUUGGAGCUCCAUAUGGGUGGCAGGCCAUUUAGCCCAUGCAAGUACAUUUAGAACCCAAGAGACGGUUACGGAUGUAAAAGGAAUGAAACAAAAAGGAAAAUCUGUGCAGAGGAGGAAUCCAAACGGAACUGGUUGGAGGGAUGGAAAGAGAAUGAGUAGCUUUGCUAACUGAAGAAGUUGACGGCUGUAUGAUUUCCAGAGGUUCUCAACUUCAACAGGUUGAGAAGAAAGAUAGCUCAAGAUGAGACGUUGUCAUUGAUAUUUUUUUAUUAAUUCGAGGGUGCGUUUUGAGCAUUAAGAUCAAGGAGAGAAGCCGUAUUUUCAAAGAGCAGAAGAGUGAACUAGUGGAAGAAAAAUCAAGGCAAGACAUAAAGCCUGGAGCAUUGCUGUCCAGUAGAAUGUCUGACAGUUAUGCCCAGGACAGUAGCCACUCGCCACAUACAGAGCCUGGUGAGCGCUCAAAACAUGCCUUAUAUGACUGAGGAGCUAAGAUUCUUCUAACUUUAGUGCAUCUAAAUUUAAUUAGCCACGUGUGGUUAAUGACUGCUUGCUGUGUUGGAUAGUACAAUUGUAGAUGUUUUAGUAUUUAGGCAGAAAGAGUUGACUGGCACAGAGAAAGGCUUCCUAGAAGAGAAAGAAGUAUGUGAGGAUGGAGAGAAAUUAGGAACAAAGUGAGGCUCUGUACUUCUGGCAGCCCCUGUCCUUCCCCACGUGCAUACCUGGAGUGUGCAAGGCUGGAGACCAGCAAGCCAGGUAGCAGGGUGAAAUCUGGAAUGCUGUGUCAUGCUAAAUUCAUCCUUCCGCUUACUGUAGAAGUCACCCUAUGUUACUUGAGCCUGGACUAGCUGUGGGAAUAGGGUCAAGAAGCAUCAUUGGUAAUGCCAGAGCAAAGCAUUUUGAUCUCUUUUCCUUCUGCAUUUCUGAGAAUGAACCACAGGCCGAUGUGUUAGAGCCCUUCCUAGCCUUACUCGGUACUGUUGUUGGGAUGAGGCACAACACAUGACUGGAUCCCAAGUCACCUGGUGGGUGGGGCUGCCCUUUUGUGUUUGGGCAGCCUUAUCUUAGUCCACCCAAUCUCUUCCUUUCUCGUGGUAUUGGUUGAAUACCCCCCCACCUUAAUAUUAGGGGGAAGUAGAAACAAAAACACAAAAUCUGUUCCUUCUCAUCUCUUGAAUUGUGAGGGUUUAAGGCGUGUGUAGUUCCCUUUACUCUUAAACCUUCCCAUUCCCUUUUCCUGUUAGAGAAUGAAAUUGACCUGAUUCAGUCCAUUGAAGCCUAAGGUUGUCAGCAUCCAUGGACCAUUCCCUAGUUAAUUGGAAUGCCUGAAAGGAACAUCAGACCAAAUGGAUUCACUGGCUUGCGUUUUGUUUUAUUUUGCUGUUAUCAGGGAACCAAGAACUUUAACGAAUGAGCUGGUAUCUGAUCUGAAUUUUUAGUUACUAGAGAUAGCAGGGUUAGAAACCUUAGGUACUAAGUUCAAGGUGAGAGAAUAACCACAUUUAUCUUUUGACCUUCUGUCAUUCUUAGGGAACUGUGCACUCUGUGAUUUAAUCAGACAAGAAAAUGCUCCCAUUUCUAUCUUUUUAUUACUUCCUAAAUGGAACAAAACCGUCACUGACCGUGCUGUUUUGAGGGACUAGAUUCUGAUAACCCCCUUCUUUCCCAAGACAGGAGUGGGAGUCACAGUAACCAACUUGGAUUGGAUGCUAUGGAAGAGUCAGGCAGUACUUAGAAUCUGUGUAUGAUACCACAGAAAGCCUAAGAAUUGAGAUUUCACAAAUCUGAACCCCUACAUUUGUCAGGGUGCCCCAAUGAAUAAGACAGGUCCAAUCCCAGGCCUCGU